GCAGCGGAAAAAAAGAUGUCCGCCCCGCACGCCUCCCCCUCCGCCUCUGAGCUAGAGCUCGCGCGGGCGCAGUGCCGCGCGCUGCACGACAGCCUCGCCGCCUCGCCCUCGCUGCCGCGCCACCCUGCUCUGCGCUCCCUCCUCCGCCUCGUCGCCGGCGAGCUACGCUUCAUCACCUCGAGUACUAACCACCCCGACCCCAGCAUCGGUAGGCCACUCUCCUCCAACCUGCCCCACCUCGCGGCGCUCCACAUCCUACUCACUCACCCCGCCGUGCGGUCGCCGUCCCGCCUCUCUCCGCUCCCGGGCGUGGACUUCGCGUGCGCCUUCCGCUCCCGCCCCGCGUGGGUGCUCCUCUCCGCGCGCAACCCGACAGGGCUCCGUUGGGUCCCCGGUAACGGCUUCCACUCCCGCGUCGCGGCGGUGCUCGAUGCGGCGCGCUCAGCUCCGCCCGCCAUCCGCCCUGAGAAGCUGGUCCUCGCCUUCGCCCGCGGCGUCGGCGCGGACAUCGUGUGUGGGCUCGCUGACGGGUUCGGGGCCGUGGAGAUCGACUUGCUCGUGGAGUUCGUUGGCGAGUCGGAGGUGGACGGCUGGGUUAGCGUCAGCUUUCACUCGAAUGAGGAGAUGAGGAGCUUUAGGGCGUUCGAGAUUGACGUCCUGGAUGGCGGUGGUGAAUUGUUGUCACCGCCACCGCCCCCGGAGGUCCAGGUGGAGGAGGAGGAGAGCGUGGAAGGAUUGGAGGGUUCGUUUGGUGACCUUUUGGGGAUGAUGAGGAUGGACUCGAUGGACCUGUUGAAUUUAGACACGACUGCUCUUGUUGCCAUAGUGUCAGGUAUCAGCAAUGGCGGAGUGGGAAAGCUGAUGGGUGCACCCGAGGCGGAUACCAGGGCAAGGUUCAAGUGUAACUACAAGUUCGUCAUUGAUCAGGCGCAGUCUGAACUUCAAUCUCCAAUAUUUGUUGAGUUGGGAAAAGCAGUGGAUGGAAACAAAUGUAUCAUAUGUGAAACGGUUAGCUCAGAGUUCAAAGAAAUUGUUUCAAUGUGUGGUGGGCCUGAGGAGAAAACCAGAGCAAACCAGUUACUCAAACAACUUAUAAUUGUCCCAGACAGUCCUUCACAACGUAUGAUGGAUCUUCCAACAACAAGAAAGCUUGCGAUGAAGAACAAAGUUGUUUUUGGUACAGGUGACCGCUGGCGUGCUCCCACUAUGACUGCUAACAUGGGGUUUGUAAGAGCUGUUUCACAGGCUGGUAUGCCUUUGUUGACUGUUGAGCACAGACCUUGCGCACUGAUUGGCUUGUGAAGGAAGAUAGCCCAUAUUUUAGGUAUUCCAAAUCUAAUGUUAAGAGUCCUGAAACUGUAGUAACUCUAGGUGUUUGUUAUGCUUACAAAAUUUUUUGUUCUAAGUUAGGGCAUACCCGGAUAUCUGUACAUAAAUUUGUAGCUGGUCUCUGUAGUAACUGUAUUGUUUAUGCUCAGUAGUAACAUCUCUGAGGUUGAUGUUAGUAAAUGAUAAUUUAUAUCUGCAAAAGUUCUGUUAAAGAAUUGAGUUGACCUGUAGUCUACACUAAAAGGACAAGCAUGAGAAAUGAGAAGUUAAAACAUCUUUAGGCUGUA